UUUUUUUUUUUGGAAGUUCUUUAUACUAAAGUAUCAAAAAUAUGGCACUUCCUAGAUUACAUCGAGCAGCCUUUACUCCCGAUGAAAUUGAAUUUAUUGCUGGAAACGAACUUAUUAGUAUUGUACCUCUUUAUAAGAUGCCUGCUUUGAAAAUGAUUCAGGCUACUUAUGGUCCUUUUCGUCCUCCUUUACCUACUAAAGUACCAUUAUGGCUUGCUCUUAGUAUGAAACAAAAUCAAAAGUGUAAAUUGAUCCCUCCCACUUGGCUCACUAUAGAACACCUCAAAGAACGUUUGGAACAAGAAGAAACAAAGGAUGAAUUUUGUUCUUUACCUUUUAACUAUAUGGAGAUUUCACACAUGUUAUUGGAAAGUGCUUCAGACGAUAUUCCUAAUGCAGAACAAGUACGAAAAUUACUCAAAGAUUUACGAGAAACGCGUCAAUCAAAAGCUCGUGUUGGUUUAGAAGCUCUAGAUGAUCGAUGGCUAGGGAUGCACAACUUGUCAUUUAUGGAAAUCAAUGAAAUUCGACCUUUCUUCUCUCGUGCCUUUGAUGAAAUGCGUAAAUUGGAUUUCAAAGCUGAUACCUAGAAUAGAUUUAUCUAUCAAUCAUUCUUCUCAUCAUAUAUUUGUGUAUACAUUCUUAUUCUUGUAGAUAGUUUUUCUUAUUCAUCCAACAUAACCCCCCCCCCCCCCAUUUUAUAAAAAAGUAAUCAAAAGCAUCUUCUAAAUAAAGUACCAUUGACACUCAGUGUAACAUU